AUGAGUUCAGAAAUAACCAACAAAUCUGAUCCUCUUCACUUUGUUCUCUUUCCUUACAUGGCUCAAGGCCACAUGAUUCCCGUGGUUGAUAUUGCAAAACUCUUGGCUCAGCGCGGUGUGACCACAACAAUUGUCACGACACCUCAUAAUGCAGGGAGGUACAAGAAUGUUAUAAGCCGUGCCAUCGAAUCUGGCUUGCCCCUCAACAUGGCGACCGUGAAGUUUCCGUAUCAAGAAGCUGGUUUGUCCGAAGGACAAGAGAAUCUCGAUUUAGUUAACAAUCCGCGGCUCAUGAUACCGUUCAUGAAAGCGUGUAACAUGCUCGAAGAACCGGUUCAGAAGCUCAUGGAAGAGAUGAGUCCUCCACCGAGCUGUCUGAUUGCUGACUUGUGGUUGCCUUAUACAACCAAACUCGCCAAGACGUUCAAUAUACCUAAGAUCGUCUUCAACGUCUAUAGUUGCUGUUGUCAACUGCUAACGCAUGUUUUAAGCAAGAACCCUGAGGUCCUGGAGAAUUUAAAGUCAGAAAAGGAGUACUUCAUCGUUCCUAAUUUUCCUGAUAGACUUGAAUUCACAGGACCUCAAGCUCCAAUCGAUGUACAUGAGCCUAAGGUCUUGAGAGAGUUCAUGGAUGAAUUGAGAGAAGCGGACAAGACAUCUUAUGGUGUGCUAGUCAACACAUUUCAAGAACUCGAGCCUGCUUAUGUCAAAGAGUUCAAGGAGGCAAGGUCCGGUAAGGUAUGGUCCAUUGGACCCGUUUCCUUGUGCAAUAAGGUGGGAGCAGAUAAAGCUGAGAGGGGAAGCAAAUCAGACAUUGAUCAAAGCGAGUGCGUUAAAUGGCUUGAUUCUAAAGAGGAAGAGUCGGUGAUAUAUGUUUGCCUUGGAAGUAUUUGUAAUCUUCCUCUGGCUCAGAUCAAGGAGCUCGGACUAGGCCUAGAGGAAUCCAGAAGACCUUUUAUUUGGGUCAUUAGAGGUUGGGAGAAGUAUAAAGAGUUAGGUCAGUGGAUCUCGGAGAGCGGUUUCGAAGAAAGAAUCAAAGACAGAGGACUUAUCAUCACCGGAUGGUCUCCUCAAAUGAUUAUCCUUUCACAUCCUUCUGUUGGAGGGUUCUUAACACAUUGCGGAUGGAACUCAACUCUAGAGGGGAUAACCUCUGGUCUACCGCUGCUUACAUGGCCCUUAUUUGGAGACCAGUUCUGCAACGAGAAAUUGGUCGUGCAAGUACUAAAAGUUGGGGUGAAAGCCGGGGUUGAAGAUGUCAUGAAAUUUGGAUAUGAGGAGAUGAUUGGAGUGUUAGUGGAUAAAGAAGGUGUGAAGAUGGCAGUGGAAGAGUUGAUGGGUGAGAGUGAGGAUGCAAAAGAGAGAAGAAGAAGAGCCAAAGAGCUUGCAGAAUUAGCUCACAAGGCUGUGGAGGAAGGAGGCUCUUCUCAUUCUAACAUCACAUUGCUCUUAGAAGACAUUAUGCAACUAUCUCAAUCGAAGAAUUGA